GAGCUUUUGCUUCAAAGAAAAAAAACUAAAUCAGCAGCUGCCAGUAGUAUCACUGCAUGGACAAGUCCUCUGAGUCCAAGCCAAGGCUGACAUAAAGCAGUGAAGGGUAUCCAAGGUAAAAGGUGGCGCGAUGAACUUCACAAACAACCCCCAGUGUCAUCAGAGCUAAAAGAGGUCAGCCUUGCUUGAAUAAUCUGGGCUGUGGCAAUCACACUACAAAGUUCAACCGCAAAUUAAAAAAAGAAAUUGAUUAAAUUUAUGAGGGUUUUUACACUAUGUCCCACCACCAAAGAUUUUUUAGUAUCAUCCAGUGAGUGACCGCCAAACUUCUCUUUUAUUGGCCGUGUCUAAUCCUUGCACACCUGAUCUGAAUAGUUACUUGACGAGGACAGCCUUAGAACUGACUGGUAACUUGACAGAAUUCAAAGAAGUAUUCCUCAGUUUGUUUUUUCAACCAAUCAACCGACUGAAUGGAAUAUCAGCAGCAACAUAGGAAACAGCUGGAGACCAUCCAGGAGGAGGAGGAGGAGGAGACGGAGCAGAGAGAUGAAACGGAAGGAAGCAGACAUGGAGAGGGAGAUGAGGAUGGUUUACAAACUGAAGUGGAUGAGGAGACAGAGAAGAUAGCACAAGGAAAUGGAGAGAGCGAAGAGAACGGAGAAGAGCUUGAUACUCCGCUCAGGGUGAUGAGGGCCAGGCGCCGCUCUUCUUUUGACAAGAGCAGUUCUUCUCAGAUGCCGUCCGCCCUCACAGACCAGGAGGAAAUGCAGGCGAAUUUCUCUGUGUCGGAUCCAAGCUACAGUGCAGAGGAUCUGAGUGAUGAAGCCUCCAUGCUGGGGCACAGCCUUACUAGAGAAAUGAGGUUAGAGAGAGGUGGGAGAGGCAGGAGAAGGCACCUAGGGAUAAAGUUGUUCCAGGCCAGAGGAGGAAAACGCAAGCAACCUCGGCAAUCGGCCCAGAAGAAGAGAGGCAGGACACGGAAAAGGAAGAUGCCUCCAGCUGAGGAACCUUUCCCUGAGUGGCUGGUGGAUCUGAUGUUCAACAUUGAGGAGGCAACAACACAUGAGCUGGUGAUUGAGUAAAACCCUUUGAUCAUGGGCACAUUUCGUGGUUUACUGACCGUUGACCUUGUUGAUGUGAACUGAACGUAGAAGAAAUUUCUCAUGACUCACUUCCCAUGUUAAUGAUUGAGAGAAUAAAGUACAUAAAUAAAACUGUGAGUCAGUGUUUCCAACAUGUGCGUCAUCAUUUGGGAAUAAACGUUGAAAAACAAUUAUAGAUGAGCAACUUUCCAUCCAAGAUUGUUCUGUUAAGGCAUACAGAUCAUAUGUUUCUUUGAAGCCAAUAAGAGUUGUAUAUUGAAUAAUGAAGACACUGUAUGAUCAGUAUGUUCCACUUCUUCUACUACCUUAAAUAUGUACUUUUAGUUGUAGUUUGUCAUUGUAUUAUCUUCAAUAAAUUGCAUUUGCUCUGUUCUCAUCAA